UUUCGUUUCUCUCUCUCUCUUUUUUUCUUUUCUUUUUAUUAUUAGACUAUGGUCAACCUUUCUUUAUAUUCAAUCAAGGCUGUCAUCUUGCUUGAUGCAGAGGGCAAUCGUGUCUUGGCCAAGUACUAUGGCUCUGAGCAAACAACAGUAAAACAACAAAAGCAGUUUGAAAAGGGCUUAUUUGACAAAACAAAGCGUGCUCAAGGCAGCGAGGUUAUUUUGUACGAUAACCAAGUUGUAUUGUACCGUUCAAAUAUCGAUAUUUCCUUUUAUGUGGUUGGUUCUAUGGAAGAAAACGAGUUGAUUUUGUUAAGCAUGUUGAAUGCUUUCUAUGACGCUGUUUCUACUUUAUUAAGGUACAUCUAAACGCGUCUAUACACGCUAUUGAUAUUGAUUAGAUACCAAGUUGAAAAGCGCUCUAUUAUGGAUAAUUUGGAUUUAGUCAUUCUUUGUCUUGAUGAAACAGUUGAUGGAGGGUAAGUGUUUUUAUUAGAGAGUGUACGUGUGGUAUUAAAUAAGACGGAUUAGAAUCAUUUUAGAGACAGACUCAAAUGCUAUUG